CGAUGCCCGCGCGCCGCCAGGCCGGGCGGAAAGUUUUUCCUGACGGAGUUUUGGCGGCGGCGGCCGGAGAUGGCCAUGGACGCGCUCAAGUCCGCGGGACGGGCGCUGAUCCGGAGUCCCAGCCUGGCCAAGCAGAGCUGGGGGGGCGGCGGCCGGCACCGCAAACUGCCUGAGAACUGGACGGACACUCGGGAGACGCUGCUCGAGGGGAUGCUCUUCAACCUCAAGUACCUGGGCAUGACACUGGUGGAACAGCCCAAGGGCGAGGAGCUGUCGGCCGCCGCCGUCAAGAGGAUUGUGGCUACAGCUAAGGCCAGCGGGAAGAAGCUGCAGAAGGUGACUCUCAAGGUGUCGCCACGGGGAAUUAUCCUGACCGACAACCUCACCAAUCAGCUCAUUGAGAAUGUGUCCAUUUACAGGAUCUCAUACUGUACAGCAGACAAGAUGCACGACAAGGUGUUUGCAUACAUCGCCCAGAGCCAGCACAGUGAGAACCUUGAGUGCCAUGCCUUCCUCUGCAGCAAGCGGAAGAUGGCACAAGCUGUCACCCUCACCGUAGCCCAGGCCUUCAAAGUCGCCUUUGAGUUUUGGCAGGUGUCCAAGGAAGAGAAAGAGAAGAGGGAGAAAGCCAGCCAAGAGGGAGGAGACAUCCUGGGGCCAUGCUGCGACAGCACCCCCUCCCUGAAGAGCCAUCCCCUCACAGUGGUCGCCACUGGGAACCUGCUGGACUUGGAAGAGACGGCCAAAGCCCCACUGUCUACGGUCAGUGCCAACACCACUAACACGGACGAGGCACCACGGCCGCAAACCUUGAGCAGCAGCGGUGUUGUCUGGGAGCUGGACGACGGCCUGGAUGAAGCAUUUUCCAGGCUUGCCCAGUCGCGGACGAACCCUCAAGUCCUGGACACUGGGCUGACAGCACAGGACAUCCAUUAUGCUCAGUGCCUCUCACCUAGUGACUGGGACAAACCUGACAGCAGCGGCACCGAGCAGGAUGAUCUCUUCAGCUUCUGAGGGCCCGGGGCGGCAGGACACAACCGGCCCUGACACGUGACAGACCAAAGCGACCUGCAGCAGGGGAGCCAGCUCCAGGACCCACCAACCACCUCUUCCCACCUGCAGCACUGCCAGCCUGCAGAUCAAAGUUGCAGCCAGUCAAGCAGGGGGAAAGAGAGAGUUGUUUUUUUUUAACCCUGCUCUUUCUCUAAGAACUGAAAGAUGCCUUGAAUAUUUAUUCAGUGACUCCUGGUUUAUGCUCGGGAGCCGGUUUUGCGUCAGGCACGUCUCCUGCUGCAUAGUAUGCAGUGCUGUAACCGGCCGCCUGCUCUCUCUUCCCACACAAGCUCUGCUCCGGCUGUGGGUGUCAGGACAGUCACCAAAGCAUUUCUUGUUCCUUCUCUCUUUCUAAGGACCAGGAUUUCCCUGGAGUUAACUCUGCUUCUUACUGAAAGCAGUCGGAUUCCCAGCAUCUUUUGAGUACAGUUGGGCACCUGCAGCCUCAGGAGAGGACUGUGUCUUCCAGCCUACCUUCCGCAGGGCCCAGCAGGCCCAGGCUUGAGCCCUGGACCCCAGGGCUCUCAGAGACAGAGGGGCAGCCCCGACCAAAGACAACACUCAGCUUGGCACUUUAAAGCACGCACAGCAAGUGUGGCCCCCGGGGGCUUGCCCAUGGUGCUGCAUUAAAUAGAGCUUUCUUUCUGCCCUUCCUCCAUGAGAAGGGGCCCAAA